UCAAAAUAUCAGCUGGUUUUGCGUAGCGUAAACUUGCUAACCUUUCGAAAUCAAGGUUUGCCGCUUGCUUAGAGAUUGGAGAAAAUGAAAUAGGUAGUUAUCAAGCGCAAAUUCGCAGUAUCGCACGUGGCUACGACGCCAACGCCGCAAUAAAUCCGCCCGAUAAGUUAUCAGUGCAAAGUUUGUGCCUGUGGUGUGCAGCAGUGUAAAAUAACUUUCUGUCGCAAUGUCUUCAGCUGUUGAAGAUAUUUGCGAACUAUUAGAUAGUUAUAAUGGUAGAGAUAAGGUCGUGCGACUAGCGUGCUAUGCCUUCAAGCUGUAUGGCUGCAUUCACAAUGACAAGGCCUGGCAGACGGCGGGCUCCCGCCUCUCCGGCGCCCGGCUCAUACUGCGGCUCUUUGACGACAUCCCUAUGAUCAGGCACACAUACUCAUACGGAUUAGGACGACAUGAGUCUUCAACAACAGCAGCAAUCCUUGGAGUUCUUGCCAACACAGUGGACCAGGCUUUUCUGCCGGUGGAGAAAGCCUGCUGGCUCCACGAAGUCGGCAUCCUCAAGCUUCAGCCCAACACCGCUUAUGUGCUCGAGACCGUCAGCACAGCGCUCUGGGCAGCCAGCCUUUACAUAUCACUGAUACAGACUGGGCGGUCGAUAAGACAGCUGUGGUGGAGCCGCGAUUGCCUGCAGAACUCCUCAGAAGAUGGUGGAGCUGAUGCGAGAAGGAACCUAGACGUCAGACUGGUCUUACAGGCCAUUACAGCUGGGAAACUUUGUCUCGACAUCACGCAUGCCGUCAGCUGCCUCCCUGAAGGCUGGUUAUGGGGAGAAAAGAUCGGUGCCACAAAGGUCGCCGCGAUAGCCACGACAUCCUCUGUGAUCGGUAUUGCCAUGUACUUUGCCAGAAAACGACUUCUAAAGUAACAUUUUGCUCUCUAGUGGCAAACUUUUGAAUUAUUUGAAGCCAAAAGUUGGGAAUGAUGGAUAGAAAAACAUGAAAUACUGAAGAUUACUUUGUGAAUACGAUGUGGUUGUGUUUUGGUACAACACUUGAAGAGGUGUAUAGAUGAUUAAUUAAAAAUAGUCUUCCAAUAUAAUUACAAACCAAUUUGUAAAUAGAACAAGUUUUACCGACAAAUGUUUGCAUUUUAUGUAUGUUGACUUAGAACUAGUCAAUCUCAAUGAAUGUGUUGAAAUUAUUAUUUUUUUCAAAGAUGUAUUUUUUUAUACAAAAAUUGAUAUUAGUUAUAAUAAUCUGAAAUGUAUUUCAUCAAUAUAAUUCCAAAUUAGUUAAAUACUAAUUAAGUAUGUAUUUGUUUUUCUUACGAAAAUGUGCUCGGUUCAUAAGGUUAGACAAGUCAAUUACCUUACUGGUUACAUUAGGUACUUACCUGUACGAUUCGCAAUAAUUUUUAAACUGGUUUCAAUUUAAAAUCUAAUUAGAAAAUGUUUACUGUUUAAAAUAUUUCGCAAUACAAGUGAUUUAAAAUUACCUAACUAUUUACGUAAUUAAUUAAAUAUGUAAUUACACUCUAUUAUUAGUGACAAAGUACCUGCUGCUGUAUUUAUAUCUGAAGCUAUUUGUUA